AGGACGACAUUAAGCUUGCAAUUUUUUUUCUCGGUGUUCAAAGCGGCAGUAUCAAAUCUCAUCCAUCAGGUCAUUAAGAUAAGAAACCAGACAAGAGUUGUUCACGAGUAAGUACCAUAUGAUCCAUCACUUUGGGGUUGCAUAAGUAGAUACAACUUUUUCUAUUUCAAUAGGCAGAAGAACUACCGUAUUCAGAAGCGCAUUGUGAUUGUGUUGUAUCAACCAUCUCUUCAUUCUCAGCUCCCCGUUGUUGUCGAGAAAUUUUCGUUCAUGCCAACAAGCCUCCAUCUCUAGUAAGGAAAAGAACUUCCACAAAAAAAGUGAUAAAUCGAACGUAUUUGUGAACUUUUAGCAAAGCAGAUUGGUUAGUAUUUUUUCUCGUCCGUUUACAAGCAAACAAGAACAACAAAUAUAAUUUUCACAAUCGAAGGUCGCGUGUCCGUCCUACUUUGGCCGCUGAGAGCGCUAUUUCCAGGAGCCCGAAGAGCAAGAACAUAUCGAAAGCCGUCGCUGAGCAGCUUGACUUUCCCCGGGGCCGACGCGUCGUGAAGACUCGGCACGACCACUAGGGUGGGCCAGAGGGCUCAACAGCACGUACUGUCGGAACUACAAGUUAAGUACCUCACUUCACCGAUUAUAGACAAACCCUCCUCGUCCACCACUCGGACCAUGAUGCCGUCCUCCGACGUGCCAGCCCAGCAGAUGCCCAUGACCAGCUUCAUGGAAAUGCAGCAGCAAUUUCAGCAGCAGCAAGGUCAACACGGAAAUAAUCCGAUAAGUAGUAACGGCAUGAACAACAAGCCGGGGAUGAUGCAAGCUGCUCCUGUCGGACCGGACGGCGUUCCGAUCGGGGGAAAUGGAGACCCGCAUCAGCAAUUCGACACGUUUGGUACUUCUGGGGAUCAACAACAACAGCGUCAUAGCAGCAGUAACAACCGAAGUGGUGUUGCUCCUCACAAUAAUUCCUCCAGGAGAAAUUUCGGGGGUAAAGAUAACCCAAACCUGCAGCCGCUUGGAGGACUAAACUCUACUACUUCCGGUGGCGGAAAAAAUUACCACAUCCAGCAGGGCGGUGGUGCAGCAGCAGCGGGUGGAGCCGUGGGGCAGCAGCAAGGGUUUGUUCCGCCUAACAUGGAUAGCCAGCAAGGGAUGAACAUGAUGAUGCAGCAACAUCCAGGUAUGAAUAUGAUGCAGCAACACCAGCACCCAGGCAUGAUGCAACAACCACACCCAAUGAUGAUGCAGCCACCUCCUCUCGGGCCCGGGGGUGUGCCUAUUCCCCCUGGCGGUGCCAUGGGCGGGAAUACUAUGAUGCAGCAGCCACAACUACACCACCCUGGCAUGAUGUCCGGCGGACCACAUCAAAACCAAGCCAACAGCCCGGACCGUGGGCCGCUUGGAGGUGCUCAUCUUCCGGGCCAACAUCCGCAAAAUAGUAGUACCCUUCCAUCAGGAAAUAAACCUCCUAACAGCCGGGAGAACGAGGUGUUUGUUGGGGGGCUGCCGCAGACCUGCACGAAGGAGGACUUUGAGCGACACUUCCAGCAGUUCGGGAAAACGUUUAAGUGCGAGUUCAAGGAAGGCAAGGGGUUCGGGUUUGUGGGGUACUGCAACGCGGAAGACGCACAGGCAGCGAUCCAGGGCGCACGGACUAACCCCAUUCACGGAAAGGUGGUUGACGUAAAGCCGGCGGAGCAUCGGUUCAACAAGGGGGCAGGAGGUAAAUCAAUUUAUCAUGAUCGACAAGUUGCUCGUACACAACAUACAAAGUGCAUCACAAAUUUUGCCAACCUACCACUUGUCAUGAUGCUGGAUACGUUUUUGAAUGAAGAUUUGGAUUUUGUCAUGCAGUGCCAACAGCAUGAUGCUAAAUCGAAAACCCAACUAAAACGAAACCCAUCACAGGUGGCGGAAUGUUCCCCCCGCAAAUGGGGGGCUUUCCGGGUAUGAUGGGCAUGAAUCCAAUGCUCGGCGGGGGGCCGAUGAUGUAUCAAAUGUAAAAAUGUCUGGGUCUGGAAGAAUGCAACUUGUGAUGCUGCAUUUGGAUUCCAGAAAAAUCUGUAUUGCAUGAGUACCAAAAGGAAUGUAAUUUUUGCUACGUGGAGAGGGCAUUUGUCAUGCGGAAUAGGCAUCAAGAAGCUCUCAAAAAAUCUGUGAUGCUAGGGCAUGCAUCACAGACAUCAGGGCUCAUGCAAAACGUGCAUGACAAGUGUCAGAAUCUUCCAGACCCAGACAUUUUUACAUUUGAUAUGAUGGGCAUGAAUCCCAUGACGGGCAUGAUGCAGAAUAACCCCAUGAUGAUGAACCAGUUCAACCCCCUGAACCCGAGCAAUAUCCACCCGCACAACCCCAACCACCCGAACAACCUGGCGAACAACACGCCCUACUCCUACCACGGGUUGCACCAGCACAACCAGCAGAACAAAAAAUCCUGCUGCAUCUUCGUGGGCGGGCUCCCGCCCACCGCGCACUACGAAAAGUUUCGCGGGUACUUCGAGAAGUGGGGCAAGGUCGUCAAGUGCGACCUGCGCGAGGGGAAGGGCUUUGGCUUUGUCACGUUCGAUAUGCAUUGCAAAUAUGUCUAGUUCUGGAAGAGUCGCACCUUGUGAUGCAAAAUCCGGAUCACACUGAAAUUUGUGUUGCGUGAACUCCAAUAGAUAUUGCCCAUAAAUAUCUUUCUACGCACAUAGGGAGUGAUUUCUUAUGCGGAGUAGGCUUCACGAAGCCUGACCUGUGAUGCUUUUGCGUGCAUUCCAGAUCAUGUGCGUGAUCCGCAAGAUGCAUGACAAACUCUCAGACCCGGACGUAUUUGCAUUUGAUAUUCGAGUCCGAGGAGGUGAUGGCGAUGGUGAUCGCGAACCGGGUAUCCUAUGUAAAAACGUACCCACCCCAUAGUCAAGAUGGGGAAUCGGCUAGACAAAUCCACAUGCUUUUGCUGUUUCGCAUGACAAAUUUGGACGCGUAGUGUAGUGCUAUUUGAGCUAGUUCAGCAGCAUUACAGAUCUAGUCUCUCAUGCUGAUUGGAGCAUGACAAAUUUCAAAACACCAUUAGAAAAUGCUCCUCAUGGGGCUCCGCAUGAGAAACAUUUUAAGUAUGCAGAUUUGCAUGACAACUACGGUGUGGGGACGUUUUUACAAAGGAUACCGGGAACAGCACCAGAUCGACGGGAAAUGGAUCGAUUGCAAAGCCGCGGAGGACAGGAAAAAUCAACAGAUCGAAGCACAGCGACUGGCGGUAUAGAGUUGAUUUUUUCAUUUUUGCACGCAUUUUUCAUUUUUUGAAGAUGCCUCUUAUGAAGGGUCAAUGAAUUAUACAGAUGAUGCGGUCUGCGCAUCUGAUAUCAGCUGUGGAGGUUGAGGUUCUGCGAAGAACUCUGCAUAAAUUUUGAGUUACUUCUGCGGGAUGAUCGAUGCACCGAAGGCCGCUGGACGAGUUUACAACCUCGAGAGACGAAAGGGAUUGAAACUCAACGAAAAAAAAAUUACAGCAAAACCCGGCCCCCACGCAGAUGAUGUUCGACCCGGCGGCGAUGUCAAACCCAAGUUACAAUCCCAUGAGCUCUACGGACCCGGCGGCAAACAUGCUGAACCCGAUGAUGUAAGCAUUGCAAAUAUGUCUGGGUCUGGAAGAAUGCAAACUUGUGAUGCGCAUUUCACAACGCAUAAAAAUCUCUCAUGCAUACGCAGCAAAAGCUGCCCACUUUCUGUCACCUCCAAAGUCGGGCACUUGUGAUGCAGAUUCGGCAUUGCGGAAGCUUCUCGAAGCCUGUGAUGCUAGAGCUUCCAUGCCGGACCUUCUGCGUCAUGCAAAAGCAGCAUGACUCUUCCAGACCCAGACGUUUUUGCAUUUGAUAUGAUGCUGGCCAUGAUCAUGCAGCCUGAGCUUGCCCUGGCGGCGCAGCAGGGAUCCACCUCUCCGGUGAAGGCACCCGCCGCCGCGCCAGCAGCACCAGCACCAGCAGCGGCUGCUCCCGUCGCGGGCGCAGCAGGUACUUCGAAAUAGAAUUCUGUUUUAGGAAGAGCUUUUUUUUGUACCUACUUCGUGAAACGUUAAAAAUAAAUAUGAGCUUGUCUUGUAUGUAGUGAGGUCACCGAACGGUUCUAACCGGGGAGUUUUUUUGACAGCUACCCUGAAAAACGACCGGCAGUUUUGAAGCGGCCGGAAGUGUUUUUGAGCAUAAAAAGUUUUCACUUAUCAAGCGGCCGGGGCGUUUGCGGCAAAAGAGCCCGAGCGGAUUCUAUCGAUUCGCACUCGAUAAAACGACGCAGGGGAGCCGGCAAAAGGGGCGCCCUUCUCAGGCGCCCACCGCCUUGGUUUCUGGCGAUUUGGGGCGCCCAAAAGGGCGCCCGAAAAAAACGCGCCCAAAAUCAGAACAGCGAAACAGCACGGCACGGCCGAGAUUUCGGAGCAUUUUGGGCGGCCGCAAAAGCGGCCGCCGUUUCGCCGGUUUUAGAGCCUGUGAAGCUUUGCAAAAAGCGCCGGCGAGAAAAAUACAAACGCAAAAAAGAAAAAGCGCGCCAGACGCGCAAAGCCAAUCCGAAUGCUAUGGGCCCGAUUUUUCGUCGCUUUUUGGGCGCCCCCCGUGGCGCCCGGAUCGACCCCAUAGCAUGGGGGCUGGCUUUCGGAAGGCAAUUUCGAAAAUUUGCCAAAAUUUGCGACGCUCAUCAAGCAGCCGCCAUACCGUGUGGCCUAACGUUACUCACGGCGGUAUGGCGAGGCCAGAAAAAGCAAAGCCGCGGCCAAGGCGACGGCCGGCAAGAAAACGCCCACGACCUCACUACCUCCGCCCCGGCGGCUAUAUUUGGUAGUACUUCGGAAAGAAAACGAUUGAUGCUGAAGAAUCUCAGUUGAUCUGCUCAGUUGACAUCAGAGUUGUCGUUUGUGGCGAGAAGUUGCAUCUCAUUUCAGGAAAAUGACCAAAAUUAUCCGUAAAUAAAUCGCAGAUCCCGCCGCAGCUGCGAUGAGCAACCCGAUGCUGAUGAUGCAGCAAAUGAUGAUGAUGCAGCAGAUGAUGGCCCAGCAGCAACCCGCAGCACCCGGAGACAGCAAGAAAGAGGGCAAUGGUGCAGCGCAAGCGGCCGCGGCACUUCCAGCGGCGGCGUCUUUACCCGGUAUGAUGGCGGGAUUACCAGGUAUGAUGCCGAUGAUGCCAGGGGCUAUAGUGCCAGGUAUGAUGCUAUCAAAUGCAAAAAUGUCUGGGUCUGGAAAGUUGCAACUUGUCAUGCUGUUUUUGGACUCUAAAAAAAUUUGUAUUGCAUGACCAGCAAAAUGGGUACAGUUUUUGCAGCUACACGGACAAAGCAUUUCUCAUGCGGAAGGUGCAUCAGGAAGCCCUCUAAAAGUCUGCGAUGCUAAGUCAUGCAUUACAGGCAUCAUGGGCCAUGAGAAAUAUGCAUGACAAAUCUUGCAUUCUUCCAGACCCAGACAUUUUUACAUUUGAUAGAUGCCAGGAGGCCUUUCCGUUGUCCCACCACUGGCUGGAGGAGCAACUGGCGCUGUUCCUGCUACCGACCAGAAAACGUCCGCAAAGGCCACGUCGAAGGCGGUGGCCCGGGCGGCGCCGUACUGA